UCUGCCAUUUACGUCCUUAUGUUGGCUCUGUCGUCAUCAAGAAUCGAGCACGAAUGCCAAAAACAACAUUAACAACGCAAUUGAACAUCGAUUCUGUAAAGCAGAAAGGCAGACAUAUCGUUUCUGAUCAAAUCUGAAUCCGAAUCAAUAAAUUCUGGCCGCCAUAAUCCUUUGCAUACAAUGACAAUAUAUUAUUCUUAUUAAGUCAAUAAAAGCUCAAUAGCUGAAUUGUCAACACCACCCACUCACCAGCCGUCAAACCUUCAACAUUCAACCAUUAUCUAUAGUCAUGUCGAGUUCGUCGACAACAUGCUAAGGAAAUUCGUGCAAAUACCAUUUCUGCUGGUCAUCGUUACGACCACAAUAUGCUAUCAAACUGAACGAUCACCAUCUUUGACCAUCAAGCAGCAGCAGCCAUUUUCUCCGCAGUCAUAUCGUGACCAGGCCAUCGGAUGCCUCUAUAGCGAUUCCAUAUGUUCGCCAGAAGAGACCUGUUUUGAUGAUCAUGCAUUCGGUCGUUGUGAACAAUAUGACCCCAUCUCUGGCACAGUCAACAGUGAUUACACCUACCGACUGGAUAGAAAAACGUUCCAGCUACUCGAACAGGAAGUGACAAGACUUUCGUCACAAGGCUUUGAUUGGCCUAAUCCGUACACCCAAUGUAUACUCAAAACCAUCCUCAAUGAUCGACCUCGUGUCGUCUACAAUCCAGAAGCUUGCGAUAACUACUUGCCUCUGGCUUCAACAACCAAUGAACCAACAACUAGCGAUGACUGGUUCCUAGAAUUUCCUGUACUACUGACAACAACCAAGAUAAGCCCACAAUUCAAAUCUGAACAACAACAACAACAACCUGGAUCAAAUAACAAUCUGAACAAGGAGAACUUGCCACUGGUCAUUGGACAAUCACAACAAUCGAUCAGUUCAACUCAUCAGCCAAUUAGUGAUACUAAUUCCAUCAAUGAUCGAGAUUCAGAUGACCAUCAGCAAUUGAUGCAGCUGUCUCGGUUGCUUGCAGCAAACAGCAAACACAAGCGACAGCCCCAACUUCAAGACUACGACGAUCAAGACGACAAUAUCAAUCAACAAUUUGUCGCCUUUCUCAAACGAAUCAUACAACAAGACAACCUUCAAUUGGCUAAGUCACAUGAAACCAACAACGACGAUUUAGAUGAUGAAGACAUACUGGCUAAAUUACUGCGAUUGAAUGAUCACAUCUCUUACCGUGAUGGCCAAGCAAAUGUGGAGGAGGAUGAACCACACGGCCAUUAUUCAUGGUCAUCAUUUAGGACUAGGUCUGUACAACGGACACCGGAAAUUCGUGUUUCUCGUGAUACUAGCAAUGAUGACCAUGAUGAUAAUGAUGAAAAUAUCGAUUUGGCCGCUCUGUUUGGUACAUUGCCACUAAAUGAAGAUGUGGUUGUCGUUAAUCUCGACGACGAUAGCGAUGACAAUGACCGGGAUGAUGACCAGAAUGAACAAAAACAUUUGCUAAUAAAUGAAGACGACGAUGAUGAUCAGGACGAUGGUGACCUGAGUGAGGAGGACAAAGAAGUACUGCUGGGCGACAUUAACUACAGUAACAACUAUUUAAUGCCAAAUUUCAACCGUAAUCACCGUCAUGAUAUCAAGAAACCAGGGCCAAUCUACGUAGAACAAUACUGGUUCCAAAGCGAUGACCAACAGCCCAAGUCGACAACACGCCAAUCAACCAAUCUAACCAAAAAAAACUUUAGCGUACAAGCAAAUCAACCUGUGGCAGAAGGACCGGUCAAAUUGGAUUCCGAAUCACAUGACAUGUUAAUCAUUCGAUCGGCUGAACAAGGUGAACAUACCAAUCUAGAAGCAAUAGAUUCCACUCACACCUAUGUCAUCACUGACAAAAUUCUUGGCGAAGAGGAUUCCGAUCGUUUCCUGCAAACCAUUGAACAGGUGUUCAAUUUACCUAGAGGGACAUUCUCGAAUCUAAGGAAAGAGAAUUUUCAAAUAACUUUCAAAGUGAAUCCCAACUAUCUUGAAUUGAAUGCUUCACAAGUAGCAUCUCGAAUAGAGGACAUGGCUCAACUCAUACAGGAUAUUACUGGCUAUUUGGUCAAGGAGGCGGGUAUCGGUGACAAAAACAAAUUGCCGGUAUUAUCGGACAAAGCAAUCGCCCAGAACAACGAACAAAUCAAGUUGAUCACCAUUCUGGUUUGCUCGCUGGUCGUAUCGAUAGUGUUGAUUGCCUAUGUGUUGAUCGCCUACGUGUUUCGUGAACGAAUCAAAGGACUAAUGAAAUUCUCAGGGGAUUGGAUCAAUUUCGAUUACCAGGAUCUUUGUCGUCAACGAUUUGGACAGAACAAGAGCUCAAAAACGGAUGUUGAACAGGGUAAACAGUCCACAGACACGAAACCUAUCAGUCAGCAGCAGCAGCAAGGAAGAGAUGGCCAAAACAGCCCGGCCAGUCGAUCAUCGACGUCGUCAUGGAUAGAAGAGCCCGUCUCAUCCAACAUGGACAUCACUACCGGACAUAUCAUCUUGUCAUACAUGGAAGAUCACUUGAAGAACAAAUCUCGGUUACAACAUGAAUGGGAAGCUCUUUGUGCAUACGAAGUUGACCCCUGUGCAACAAAUGCAGCUCUACAAAAAAAGAAUGCAAAUAAGAAUCGAUAUCCGACCAUUUUGCCGUACGACCACUCACGUGUAAUUCUCGACGACUCGGCCAACACAACCAAUUCUGAUUACAUCAACGCCAAUACGAUUGUCAGUAUCAUAGUUUUAUUUACUGAAUCAUAUCAAUCAAUUAGAUAUUUAUAUUACAUACAGACUGACCACGAUCCUCGAAAUCCAGCCUAUAUCGCUACACAAGGCCCAUUGUCCAACACCAAAGCCGAUUUCUGGCAGAUGAUUUGGGAACAAGGAAGUGUGUUGAUCGUUAUGUUGACUCGUCUUCGCGAGAAUGGUCUCAACAUGUGUGAACGGUACUGGCCAGAAGAAGGUUCUGAACUGUUCGACAAUUAUGAAGUUCAUUUAGUGUCUGAACACAUCUGGUGUGAUGAUUACCUGGUACGUAGUUUCUAUUUGAAGAAUCUCAAGACAGGUGAAACGCGUACGGUCACCCAAUUCCAUUAUCUGUCGUGGCCAGAGAAUGGGGUGCCGAGCAAUAUAAAAUCGCUGCUCGAAUUUCGCCGUAAAGUAAACAAGUCAUACAAAGGUCGUAGCUGUCCAAUCGUCGUCCACUGUUCGGAUGGGGUGGGUCGAACUGGCACCUAUAUUCUAAUCGACAUGGUUCUCAAUAGAUUGGUCAAAGGUGCCAAAGAGAUUGACAUCGCGGCUUCCUUGGAACAUGUACGCGAUCAACGAAUGGCAAUGGUCAAAAGCAAUUUUCAGUUUGAAUUUGUUUUGUUGGCCGUUGCCGAUGAAGUACAAGCCAUACUCAAGGCACUAUCCAACAACAACUGAUCUAGACACACAAACAACAAACAAUUAUCCAUCAUGGUUGAUAGACAAAUUUCUAUUUUUCUCACUCGAUUACCAACAUUAAUUACAAUCAAUUAUCAGUUAUUGAUUGAAUCACACACACACCGACACACACUCCCCAUCAACAAACCCAUUAUGUUAUCAUUUUAUGAUAAAAAUAAAUCAAUUAUCAAUAAAAAAGACAUGAAAAUCCAUUA